GGGCGGGCCAAAAAGAUACGCGCACUCUCUAGGCACCCUCAGGUCUUCGCCACCUUCUUUCGCAUUAGCGCCAAAAGAAGCUUGCUUUUCGCAAAGGCGAAAAGCACACACUUUGAAGCCAGAAGAAGCACACCACGUUAAGCAAAUGAGGGAUAUCCCAAUUAUAUACACCUCCACAGUCAUGCCUCCUGUCUCAUCUUCGUCGCUCCGUGUUUUGCUUCCAUGGCUGAGAUUGUGCCUGCAGAAAUCGUUCUGGAAGCAGAUGAAUGGCUGGAUGCUACUGACGCUUCAGCUAGCACCAGCAGCAGCAUGUCUCUCACUUGUGGCCAUGAGUAUGAGAGGUCUCUCACUAUUGGCCAUGAUUGUGAGUACAGACCAGAGUCCUUUGAUAGCGAGAGGUUGCCUAUCACACUGUCUCCGGAAAUUCAGAAGUUCCUUCGCAUCGCCAAUAUGAUAGAUCGCAAGGAGCCUCGUAUUGCUUAUCUAUGCCGGUUUCAUGCUUUUGAAAUAGCGCACAAAAUGGAUUCUAAUUCUAUUGGACGGGGCGUCCGGCAGUUCAAAACUUCUCUCCUAAAGCGACUCGAACGGGAUGAAGAGAUUACCAAACAAAGACGGAAGAAAGAGAGUGAUGCACGUUUACUUAGACGUGUUUAUCAUGCAUACAAGGACUACGUUAUCAGAAACGUUGGGGUAGUUGAUGUAAAUAAUAAGGAAAAAAUGACCAUUGCAAGAAGAGUUGCUCAAGUGUUGUUUGAAGUACUCAAAACAUUAACAGAAGCAGCAGGCACGCAGGCUGCCACAGAUCAGAGUUUCUAUGUACCCUAUAACAUUCUGCCACUUGCUCCUGGAGGUGCUCAGCAGGCAAUUAUGCAACUCCCAGAGAUUAAAGCUGCAAUUACAGCACUUCAUAGUACUCGUGAUCUACCCUCUCUUGAAGAUUUACAGAAAGAUGCGGUUUCCACGGAUUUAUUUGAUCUUCUUCAAAGUUUCUUUGGCUUCCAGGAAGGGAAUGUGGCCAACCAAAGGGAGCAUCUUCUUCUCCUCCUCGCUAAUGCCCAAUUCAGGCACAAUCAGAAACAGGCUUCAGUUCCAAAGCUAGAAGAUGCAGCAAUAGAAGAACUAAUGAAGAAAUUCUUCAAAAAUUACACAAAUUGGUGCAAAUAUUUGGGGAAAAGGAGCAGUAUCAGACUACCUAAAGCAAAACUGGAUGCACAGCAGUAUAAACUUCUGUACAUAGGGCUUUACCUUCUUAUAUGGGGGGAGGCUGCAAACUUGCGCUUCAUGCCUGAGUGUCUCUGUUAUAUCUUUCAUCAUAUGGCAUAUGAAUUACAUGGUGCUCUCAGUCAGACAUCAGAGGUCAUCCCAGCUUAUGGAGGAGGGCCAGAGUCUUUCCUAAACAAUGUAGUUACCCCAAUUUACAAGGUUAUAAAUGAUGAGGCCGAGAAAAACAAAAAUGGGACAGCCCACCAUUUUACUUGGAGGAACUACGAUGAUCUGAAUGAGUUCUUCUGGUCUCCUGAUUGUUUUGAAGUAGGUUGGCCUCUUCGUUUGGACCAUGAUUACUUCCCUAAGCCUUCACAAAAUGGCAGUCGUCAGGAACCGCAAGUUUCAGAUGAUGGUGCUGAACUAAAGAAGGAGAAAGGAGAUGAUGAUGAUGAAGAACUGGGGGAUUCUAAGGAGGAAUAUCGUGAACAAAAAUGGUUGGGAAAGACAAAUUUUGUGGAGAUUCGGUCAUUUUGGCAAAUCUUUAGGAGCUUUGACAGAAUGUGGAGUUUUUUAAUCCUGAUCCUUCAGGCAAUGAUUAUCAUGGCCUGUCAUGAUUUGGGAUCUCCUCUUCAGUUGUUUGACAAAGGAAUAUUUGAGGAUAUCUUGAGUAUUUUCAUUACUUCUACAAUCCUUAAGCUCCUUCGAGCUAUCAUUGACAUUGCCUUCACAUGGAAAGUUCGAUACAGUAUGGAUUCAUCAGAAAGAAUUAGACAUUGGUUGAACCUGGCAGCUGCUGCAAUGUGGACGAUAAUUCUUCCUACAUGUUAUGCUAAGUCAAGAAAAAAAUAUACUUGUUAUUCCAUGCAAAGUGGGAGCUGGAUUAAAGAAUUGUGCUUUUCGCCAUACAUGAUUGCUGUUGGAAUAUAUAUGAUGUCUAAUGCUGUCCAGAUGGUGCUGUUCUUUGUUCCUGCUGUUAGCAAGUAUAUCGAAGUCUCAAACUGCCGUAUAUGCACAAUUCUAUCCUGGUGGACAAAGCCUAGGCUAUUUGUUGGGCGUGGGAUGCAAGAAAGCCAACUUUCGCAGUUGAAGUAUACGUUGUUCUGGUUGCUGGUCUUAUCCAGCAAGUUCUUAUUCAGCUACUUCUUUGAGAUAAAGCCACUGAUCACACCAACCAGACGAAUUAUGACAAUUGGUUUGGAUUAUGAUUGGCAUGAACUAUUCCCCAAAGUUGGGAGUAAUGCUGGUGCGAUCAUGGCUAUAUGGGCACCUGUAAUAUUUGUGUAUUUCAUGGAUACACAGAUAUGGUACUCUGUCUUCUGUACAAUUUUUGGUGGUCUCUAUGGCAUUCUGAAUCAUCUUGGUGAGAUCCGGACUUUGGGAAUGCUAAGGAGUAGAUUCCACUCCUUGCCUUCUGCAUUCAAUGCUCGCAUAAUACCACCAUCGAAAAAGAAGCGAAAGGGCAAAAGAAAAGGGUACUCCAAUGAGCAAAUUGGAAAGGUUUCUGGAAAUGAAAAAAGUGAUGUUGUCUUUACCGAAAAAAGAAGAAGUGAUGUUGCCAAUUUUGCUGUGGUAUGGAAUGAAAUUAUCCGCAAACUUCGAGUAGAGGACUUGAUAAGUGAUAGGGAAGUAGAGUUGAUGGUGAUGCCUAUGCCACAAGAGAACCCUUCGGGAAAAGUUUGUUGGCCGGUUUUUCUUCUAGCUAAUAAGCUUUCAACAGCAUUGAGUAUUGCCAAAGAUUUUGUGGGGAAGGAUGAAAAUCUCUAUAGGAAACUAAGGAAGGAUGAGAACAUGUAUUGUGCAGUGCAAGAGUGCUUCGAGUCCACGAAGUUCAUUAUCGAACUUCUUGCUGUUGGAAAUACAGAGAAAAGGGUAAUAUCUAGCAUACUCAAAGAAAUUGAUGCAAGCAUUGGCGGAUCAACCAUUCUGAAGGACUUCAACUUGACUUGCCUUCCAGCUCUGCGAGAUAAAGUUGUCGACUUGCUUGAACUUUUGCUUAAUGGCAAUGAGAACCAUCGUGGAAGGGUUGUGAACGUACUUCAGGACAUCUUUGAGCUUGUAACCCAUGACAUGAUGAUACAUGGGAACAGAAUAUCGGGUAUACUUGACACUUCUCAACAAAACGAGGAUGUGUAUCCUUACUUCUCUCGAGGACUUAAGCCAGAGUUAUUCGAGUCAGCUUCUGGUGAGGAUUCUGUUCAUUUCCCAUUGCCAGACAGUGGCCACUUGAAUGAGCAGAUCAAGCGUUUCUAUCUUCUGCUAACCACCAAAGAUGCAGCAGUUGAUGUGCCCUCCAAUCUAGAAGCUCGAAGACGUAUAUCAUUCUUUGCUACUUCUCUUUUUAUGGAUAUGCCUAGCGCUCCGACAGUACGCAGCAUGCUAUCGUUUAGUGUUUUAACUCCACAUUUCAUGGAAGACAUUAAUUAUUCGAUGAAGGAACUCCAUUCCAGCCAAGAAGAAGUUUCCAUCUUCUUUUAUGAAAAAAUUUAUCCAGAUGAGUUGAGAAACUUCUUGGAACGGAUGGGUCAUGGAGAUGUAGAAGAACUGAAAGAUGAAAAUAGGGAGGAAGAGCUGAGAAAUUGGGCUUCUUUCAGAGGGCAAACGCUGAGCAGAACAGUCCGUGGAAUGAUGUACUAUAGGGAAGCCUUAAAACUUCAAGCUUCCCUUGACCUGGCAGGAGAGGAAGACAUUCUUGAAGGUUGUGAUGCUGUUGCAAGAGAAAAUCCAGCACUAUCUGCUCAACUUGAGGCUCUGGUGGACCUGAAAUUCACUUAUGUAGUAUCCUGUCAAAUGUAUGGGUUACAAAAGUCAUCUGGACAUCCGCAUGCAGGAGAUGUACUCGAUUUGAUGAUAAGGUAUCCAUCACUUCGUGUUGCCUAUAUUGAGGAGAAAGAGGAGGUUGUGGCCAACGAGCGUGUGACGACUUAUUCAUCUAUAUUGGUAAAAGCUGUCAAUGGUUUAGAUCAGGAAAUCUACCGCAUAAAACUUCCUGGUCAACCAAAAAUUGGAGAAGGAAAGCCUGAGAAUCAAAACCAUGCCAUAAUUUUUACUCGUGGUGAAGCUCUCCAAACAAUUGAUAUGAACCAAGAUAAUUACCUGGAGGAAGCUAUGAAAAUGAGAAACCUUCUAGAAGAAUCACCAGGGAAAGGUCAUCGACCUCCUACUAUACUUGGACUCAGGGAACACAUAUUUACUGGAAGUGUUUCUUCUUUAGCAUGGUUCAUGUCAUAUCAGGAGGCCAGCUUUGUCACAAUUGGUCAGAGGCUUCUUGCCAACCCUCUCAGGGUAAGAUUCCACUACGGACAUCCCGAUGUAUUUGACAGGAUUUUUCACAUUACUAGAGGUGGUAUAAGCAAAGCGUCAAAGACAAUCAACUUGAGUGAGGAUGUAUUUGCUGGAUUCAACUCUACUCUUCGGCGAGGGAGUAUUACUUAUCACGAGUACAUGCAAGUAGGAAAAGGUCGGGAAGUAGGCCUAAGUCAGAUCUCAAAGUUUGAAGCAAAAGUAGCUAAUGGGAACAGCGAGCAGACUCUAAGCCGUGAUAUAUACCGGCUAGGACAGCAGUUUGAUUUCUUCCGGAUGCUGUCAUGUUACUUCACAACCAUUGGAUUUUACUUCAGUAGCCUGAUCUCCGUUAUUGGAAUCUAUGUCUUCCUGUAUGGCCAGCUCUACCUAGUACUUAGUGGGUUGGAGAGAGCACUCGUUGUUGAGGCUAGACUUCAUAACAUACGAUCAUUGGAAACAGCUCUCGCAUCACAAUCUUUCAUUCAAUUAGGGCUUUUAACUGGCCUGCCAAUGGUCAUGGAGAUUGGACUUGAAAAGGGAUUUUUUAUGGCCCUCAAGGAUUUUAUCCUCAUGCAGUUGCAGCUGGCUUCUGUUUUCUUCACUUUCUCUCUUGGAACAAAAACUCAUUACUACGGUCGGACGAUUCUGUAUGGGGGUGCUAAGUAUAGACCAACUGGGAGGAAAGUUGUGGUGUUUCAUGCCAGUUUCUCAGAGAAUUACAGAUUAUAUUCACGGAGCCACUUUACUAAAGGGUUUGAACUGUUGCUGCUUCUGAUCGUUUAUGAUUUGUUUAGACGGUCGUACCAAAGCAGCAUGGCCCAUGUGCUAAUCACAUAUUCCAUUUGGUUCAUGUCUAUAACUUGGUUAUCUGCACCAUUUCUAUUUAAUCCUUCCGGGUUCAUCUGGGAUAAGAUCGUGGAUGACUGGAAAGACUGGAACAAGUGGAUCAACGUGCAGGGUGGAAUAGGAGUUCAACCAGAUAAAAGCUGGGAAUCGUGGUGGUAUGAAGAGCAAGCUCACAUUCAUCAUUCGGGACUGAGUUCUAGGUUAAUUGAGAUACUUCUCUCUCUGAGGUUUUUCCUAUAUCAGUACGGACUCGUGUAUCACCUUGACAUCUCCCAGCAGAGCAAGAACUUUCUGGUUUAUGUGCUAUCUUGGGUUGUCAUUUUUGCAAUAUUCUUGCUGAUCAAGGCUGUGAACAUGGGACGGCAACAAUUCAGCAAUAGGUACCACUUUUAUUUCAGGCUUUUUAAAGCAUUCCUCUUCCUCGGUGCGCUGUCCAUCAUAGUAAUUCUUUCCAUCAUCUGCAAAUUGUCUUUGAUGGAUGUCAUUGUCUGCUGUCUAGCAUUCUUGCCGACCGGUUGGGGGCUGAUACUGAUUGGACAAGCAGUGAGACCCAAAAUUGAGAACACUGGCUUGUGGGAAUUCACCCGUGUUAUGGCCAGAGCAUACGACUACGGGAUGGGUGUCAUUCUAUUUGCACCGAUAGCUUGUUUAGCAUGGUUGCCAGUUAUAUCAGCUUUCCAAAAUCGUUUCCUCUUCAAUAAGGGCCUCAACCGGCGAUUGGAUGUAGACUCGAUUCUUUCUGGAAAGAAGAACAAAAAGAAUAGGCAGGCAUGAAACAUUACUUGCUCCCUGUAUAGUAAAUUAGUUCUUAGUAAUCCUCUUGUAAUAUUUUUGAAAAAUUGGAAACGGUAAUGUACAGAAGACCAAUUUCCAGUAAUUUUUAUGCACUGGAAAAAUGGAGAAUCUUACAGUACAAUAUAUUCUUCCAGCUCGAGGUUGACACCCAUAAAUAUAGCCAGAGUCAUAAUUUCACCAAGAA